CCUGUAACCUGAAUGCUGGCUGUCGUAUGGCGCUCUCCUCCGUUUUUUCAGCGGACCACUCGCACCUCAUCGAGGUGGACCUGAGAACCAAUAAGCUGGAGGACGUUGGAAUACGUCUGCUGUGCGAUGGGCUCAGGAGUGAACACUGUAAAUUAAUGAGAAUGAGCGUUGAUGGUAAUGUGAUCAGUGUGAAGGAGAGGAGGAACCUGACAUCACAGAAGAAGGAGCUCAACAGCUCAGGACGAUGGCUGGCAAUCAGCAUGUGAGACGAGCACAAGUGGGAUCAGCCUGGCCUGGUCGUGAUGGCGCCCCCUGUUGGCCCACUUCUUCUUAUGCUCAGUUCUGUUUGGACCUUUCGUAUAACACAGGGUUGACCUCCCAUUUCUAAUGGUUCUGCUUCAGUGCCUUGCAGCUUAAUGAUGAGAAGCUGUCUGAAGAAAGCAGCGGCCACAGCUGUACAGUGUCCAGUAAAGAAUUCUGAUUGAGAGCAAUAGCGGACACUACCACACGGGACUGAACAUGCGAGAAAAUGUUGGCAUGGCAUUCAUUUAAGAGCUGCACCAUCUUCCAUUUUUAGGUGUGUUUGCAUAGAAUGUAUGAAGCACCUAUUGCAAUAGCCCAUGUCUGUCUGUCUGAAGGAACUCAGCCCCCCCAACGUGGUCCAAUUUAUAUUUGAGAGGUGGUGCGCUUUUCAUUCAAAGAAAUCUGUUAAGACCAUAAGUUCCAUUUUUGUUGAGAGAUCAUGAACAGAUGGCACUGUACAAAAUUUUAAAAUUUCAAAAAUCUCCAACUGAAAAACAUCGGUGAGUUUGCCAAGUCGUCCAUCUUAAAACUGAGAAACGUUCUGUGUGACUUCACCUAGGAACGAGUUUACGGCAUCAGUUUUACCUGGAGAGCAGUUUCUUGAACUUGUAGAUAUUCUUUGACUCAUCCUCAAGGCAGUCAAACACCGUGCAGAGCGCCCUCUACUGGUGCCUGACUCAGCCAAGUUAACUAAUACGCCGACAAUAAAAAUAAUGGAAAGGGAACGCAAUCAUGUAAACAUAAAUAUGAAGGAACUGCCUGAACAAGAAUUACUAUUGGGAAGAACCUACAUCUACUGUACAUGGCGGUUGAAUGAAUUAAAAACACAGGAAAGGCACAGCUGCCCAAAGUGCUAGAAACACAGGAUGGAGAGUAGUGGCGUCUGGCGCCCACUCCAAGUGUGGCGAGCCCCUGACCUCCUUGCCCAUUAUGCGCAAAGCAUUUCAAGAAACAUCCCCUGGGGACAGAUUUUACACGCAUGUACAACACGGUGUGACAGUCACAAAGGUGGGUAAGAACCCCCCCCCCCCCAAUCCCUGCAAGUCCUACAGAUGCCUCUGGAAAUGGAGCACCAGUUCACAUGCGGGCAUAAGAUCA